AUGGUUCUUCAUCCAAUCAACGAAUGUUUAUCUCCGGCUGAACAAAAUCAAAACAGUCUUAUUCCUAACAGCAUAAUACAGUUUCCGAUAAAUGAUCCAACUCAAUCAAAAAGUGGUUUAACUUGUCCUGUUGUUGGAACUUAUAAUGACGCUAAAAUAUAUCCCAGCUUUUUCUCUCAAUUAGGAACGUUCUUUCCUAUUAUGGGCCUUCUUUUUACUGUAGCUGUUUAUGGUACAACAUCCGUGUUUGGAUAUAUAACGACAUGUCUACUUGAUGAUAUUGUUAUUUUGGGGACAUCCUUAGUACUCAUUAUUUCGUGGUACAACUUCGCCAAACCAGUCUGGUUGGCUUUAUUAGCAAGAUUAUUGCAAGAUGCUUCAAGCAAGAGUGGUGUUGUAAAAACUUUUUUACAAGUAAAAAAUGCAGUUGUAAUUGUUGGGUCUGAUUCUGGACCAGUUGGAAAUAAUUACAAUCAUGAACUCUUUGUACUUUGUUGUGUUUUUAUUGUAACUGCUGUAGCUGUUCUGGCUGUACUGGGGUAUCUUAGAUAUGAUUUUCACCAAAAACGGGAAAUUCUUAGCAAUCCAAAUAAUAAACUCUACAGGCGUUUCUACAAGAGAUUAAAAGCCGUCAUUAUUUGGAUUUACUUUAUCCAUUCAUUUGAAGUCAUAAUUUAUACUAUUUUGCAAUUCGUGUAUGUCUUUAAAGUACUUUUAUACAUACAAGGAGAAGGGGAAAUUGGUCUUGUUGAAGUUCUAAGAGCAAUUGAUUUGCUAACCAUAAAUUAUCUCAUGAAGAUUUCUUAUUUCAUCUCAACCACUACUUUAAUUACCUCGUAUUACUUUCCUAAUUUAGAACUACGUUUCAUAAAAUUGAUAAAAAGGAUUUUCAGAAAAGACACUGGUAAACUUACUGAAGAUGAAAGAAGGUAUUACCAAGGUUUUAUUCGUAAGAAAACUUUCUUUCUUACCGCUGCCCUUUCUUUAGGCCAAAUAUUUUUUGAAUAUUACUGGUUUUGUACUCCUUCAAUUAUCAGCACAGUUUUCAACACCAUUCUUACCACAGUUUUGACUCGUUCAAUCGCAUCAUUCUUUUCUAAUCAGGGAAUAGUUAAAUACAUUUAUAAAAAUAAAGAAGGUGUUGAACAUGUCAAAGAGGAUAACGAUAUUGAAGAUAAAACAAAAGUUUACGCAGAAGUUGGCAUUAUGGAUAUUUAUAAUGUUAAAAGUUUUAAUAUAAAUAAGGAUAAGUAUGAUGGCGACAGUGUUAUAUGUCCUAGUAAUUUGGAAAAAUAUUCAGUUGAUUCUACGGGUAAUUAUGUUUAUGUUUAUACAAAAUCCACAGAAAAAAAUGUAGAGGAAACGAGUAAUUCAAAGGGUAAGGAUGAGGAUGAGAUUAAUGAAUUAGAUAAAGAAGUAAACACUAAGAAGCCCAAGUCUAAGCAAUAUUACUACGUUAUGCCUGUUCAACAAUCUAUGUACUUUGUUAAACUUGAUUUUGAUGAAAGUAAAAUCAAGAAAUUCCAAGAAAUAAAGAAUAAAUACGAGAAAAUAGAGGAAAUUUACAAUGAGAAUAAAUACGAGGAAAUCAAGAAUGAAUACGAGGAAAUAAAUAGUAAAUACGAGGAAUCAGAUGAAAGUGCAAAGAAGGAGAUGAAGAUUGAAUACGAGUACAAAAAGGAAGAAUACGAGUACGAGACAAGAAAGAAAGAAUACAAGGAAAUGUGGAAAGAAUAUGAGGAGAAAAAGAAAGAACACGAGAAAGAAUACAAGAAAAUGUGUAAAGAAUAUGAGGAAAAAAAGAAAGAAGACGAGGAAAUAAAUGAUGAACACGAGGAAAUGAAUGAUGAGUACAAUAAAAUAGAAAUAUACAAGGAAGUGAUGAAAGAACACGAGAAAAAGAUCAAAGAACACGAGAAAAAGAUGAGAGACAACGAGAAAGGGUGGAAAGAAUAUCAGCAGCAAAAAAAGAAAAAAUACGAGGAAUUUUACAAAUACGAGAAAAUCAAGAAUGAAUACAAGGAAAUAAAUAGUAAAUACGAGAAAGCAGGAGAAAGUGCAAAGAAGGAGAUGAAGAUUGAAUACGAGUACAAAAAGAAUGAAUACGAGUACGAGAAAAAAAGGAAAAAACACAAGAAAAUGUUGAAAGAAUAUGAGGAAAAAAAGAAAGAAUAUGAGGAAAUAAAUGAUGAAUACGAAAAAAUAGAUGAUAAAGGAUGGAAAGAAUUCGAGGAAAAGUGGGAAGAAUAUCAACAAAAAAAGAAAAAAUACGAGGAAAUAAAGGAUGAAUAUGAGAAAUUAGAAGAAGAUAAAAAAGGGGAGAAGAAGACUGAGUAUGAGGAAAAAAAGAAAGAAUACGAGGAAAUAGCAGAUGAAAAAAUUAAAGAAUACGAGAAAAAGUGGGAAAAAUAUCAACAAAAAAAGAAAAAAUACGAGGGAAUAAAGGAUGUAUAUGAGAAAUUAAGAGAUAAAAAGAUGGCGAAGAAGACUGAGUACGAGGAAUCAAAGGAAGAAUACGAGAAAAUAGCACAUGAAAAAUUUAAAGAAUACGAGAAAAAGUGGGAAGAAUAUCAAGAAAAAAAGAAAAAUUACAAUGAAAUAAAGAAUAAAUAUGAGAAUCCAGAAGGAAAUAAAAAGAAGGCUAAGGACAAGGACAAGAAAGUAUACGAUGAAAAAAAGAGAGAAUAUGAGGAAAUAAAAGAUGAAAGAAUGAAAGAAUACGAGGAAAUAGCAGAAGAAAAAAUGAAAGAAUACAAGGAAAAGUGGGAAGAAUAUCAACAAAAAAAGAAAAAAUACGAGGAAUUAAAGGAUAAAUAUGAAAAAUUAGGAGGUGAGAAGACUGAGAAUGAGGAAAUAAAGAAAGAAUACGAGAAAAAAAAGAAAGAUUACGAGGAAAUUAAAGAUGAAAAAAUCAAAGAAUACGAGAAAAUGUGGGAAGAAUAUCAAGAAAAAAAGAAAAAUUACAAGGAAAUAAAGGAUAAAUUUGAGAAAUUAAAAGGAAAUAAAAAGGUGGCAAAGAAGACUGAGUACGAGGAAAUAAAGAAAGAAUAUGAUGAAAAAAAGAAAGAAUAUAAGGAAAUAAAAGAUAAAAAAAAGAAAGAAUACGAGGAAAUAGCAGAUGAAAAAAUGAAAAAAUACAAGGAAAUAGCAGAUGAAUAUGAGAAAUUAGAAGAAGACGAAAAGGUGGCAAAGAAGACUGAGUACGAGGGAAAAAUGAAAGAAUUCGAGGAAAAGUGGAAAGAAUAUCAACAAAAAAAGAAAAAAUACGAGGAAAUAAAGGAUGAAUAUGAGAAAUUAGGAAAUGAAAAGGUAGCGAAGAAGACUGAGUACGAGAAAGAAAAGAAAGAAUACGAGGAAGAAAUUAAAGGAAAAAAAAAAAAAUAUGAAAGAAAAAAGAAAGAAUACGAGGAAAUAAAAGGUAAAUAUAAGAAAUUAAAAGGAGGGACUGAAAACAAGGAAGAAAUUAAGAAAAAAAAAGUUGAAUAUGUAAGUAAAAAGAAUGAAUACAAGAAAGAAAUAUGGGAAUACAAGAAAAUAAAGGAAGACGAAAUGGAGAAUCCACGGGAAGGAUACGAGAAGGCAAAGGAAGAUUACGAGAAGGCAACUGAUGAUUACGAGAAGGCAAUGAGUAAUGAUUACGAUAAUAAUUACGUGAAGCUAAUGAGUUAUGUGAACAUAAUUGAUAAGAAUAAAGGAAUGGAGGAGUACAAUGAAAAAAAGGAAGAAUUGAAAUACGAAAAAAUAAAGAAAGAAUACAAGGAAAAAAAGAGAAAUUAUGAGGAUGCAAUGAGAAAAAAGGAUAAAGAGAUAAUGAAAAUGCUCGGGGAUGAAAUGGAGAAUGAGGAUGGAAAUGAAGGAAAACAGAACGAAGUGGAGUAUUUAAAUGAUAUUAAAAAGGCAACGGAAAGAUACGAGAAUGAACAUAAGGAAGAUGAACAAACAAAGAAAGAUUAUGUGGAAAAAUUGAGAGAAUACAUUAGCGCAAAGCAAAAUAAAUACGAUAAACAAAGGAUAAAUAUAGAGGCUGAGUCAAGGAUAAAAUACCGGGAAGCGAGCGAAAAAUACAUUAAAGAUAAGGUGAACAAAAUAAUGGCUAAAUACAAAGAUACACCGGUGGAAGAAUCCGAGGAAGCAAUUGCAAAACACGAGAUAGAUGAAAAUGAUGAAAUAAUGAAAGAUGAUGAGCCGGCGAAAAAAUCCAAGGAAACAAUUGAAAAACACGAGAUGAAAAAAAAUGAAUACGAGAAAAAAUUAAAUGAUUGUGAGAAAACAUUGAAAGAAUACAAGCAACAAAUGAGGAAACGCAGUUAUGGUCAUACACAUGGUUAUACAAAUUUUAAAGAUUUGUGUGAUAAGCAAGAGAGAAUAAGAGAUAAAAUGGCUAUGUUCGAAUAUGAGUUAAAAAUGAUUGAAUUUGAGGAAAUAAAGAGAGAAUACUAUUUCAUUAAAGAAAAAAAUGAUAGGGAUAUAAUUAAUAAAGUAUACCAGGAAAAAGAGAAAGAAUAUAGGGAAGCUAAGAAAAGAUUCGAUGACUUAACGAAGAAAAUAACUAAAAAAUACGAUGAUUUAAUGAAAGAAUAUGAGAAAGCAAAAGAGAAAAAAAAGAAGGAAGAAACAAAAAAAGAAUAUAAGGGAAGAACCAAGGAAAUUAAGGAAAAAAUUAAGAAUGAAAUCGAUAGAAUUAGAAAUGAAAUAGGUUGUGAUGGAAUUGCAUUUCACAAUUAUGCUGGUGGAAGUUUCAAAAAGCAAAAUGAAAUCAUUAGAUUCAAACCGAAAGAACUGAACGACCUUGAAAAAGGACUUUCUAUUAGUGAUAAUAAGAGUAUUGAAUGUAUGAAAAUCGAAGGUCACGUCUUGAUCGACAUACUUGAGACAGGAUUCCUAAAUUAUAUUGUUUAUUCUCACCGUUCUUCUAAAAAGCAUGGAUUACUAAAAUGGUUAAAGUUGAAUUACAAUCCAUAUAAUUACUUGUCUAACUUGAAUUACAAUGCUUACAAUCCGUAUAAUUACUUGUCUAACUUGAAUUACAAUACUUACAAUCCAUAUAAUUACUUCUCUACUUUCCACUCCACAAAAGAGGAAAACUCCACAAAAGAGGAAAACUCCACAAAAGAGGAAAACUCCACAAAAGAGGAAAACUCUUCAAAAGUGGAAAACUCUUCAAAAGUGGAAAACUCUUCAAAAGAGGAGGACAUUAAAAUGAAAUUUAUUCUGUGGGAUCUAAACUUCGCAUCGGAGAAUCAGGAUGAGCUAGAAUUCGCAUGGGAGAAACAGGAAUCAGAGAAACUGGUGAAUGUCGAAGUUAAGAAGACACUGGGACUGAAGGAACAAGAACUGAUGGAGCUGAAACAGGAACAAAAGAAAAUAGAACCAAAUUCCUCACUCAUUGGAGGUUUGGCUUUGAACCAAUCCCUAAUUUCUAAUUCUUAA